UUUCGGACGCAUGCAAAAUGGUAAAGGCUCAAGUCUAGACGACGAUCUGAACGACGAUACCUCCACGACUCACGUCUAUAUCCGGGAGGAUUCUCCUUUCCAAGCGACUAGCUCGCGCGCGAUUACUUAAGUCGAUAUGGUUAUGCAUAAUAUUGCAUAUAGGAUGUAUCCUGCAGUGGCAUCGUGGGUGACGAUGUCCCGUGCCCUCGGGAUUGACUGCUAUAUUUGGUCCUGCAUUAUCAACUUACCCCACAUCGAGUUGGAGAUGUGUGGAGAUGUUCGAUACUGAGCCAAGACUACCCCAUGCUACCCCACACAGUCCCCCAGAUUACUAUGAUUAUGUACUGCCUUUUUCCUUUUCUCAUUGGUACACCAUGAUUGGUCAGUACGUCACCUACCGAGCAUCCGGUUCGCCGAUUCGAACCAGUUACAUAUGUAGGUGGUCGAAGGUUGACCCAAAUCAAGGGACGUGAGUUAGCUGAGAGGUGGGGUAUGGUGGGGGUAUUGAAUUCCGAUAAUAAAACAGGCCUUCAUUCCCGGAUCUUCUUGGAGCAAACCCGGAAUAUUUUACCCUAUAUCCGUUACUAUUGCUAACUCGACUCUCCCCUGGAAUCUCAGUCCAUACAGCGUAUGUUGAGCAAUGCGCCAAAGAAGCGGAUGUUUACCCUGCCGCAAACGUCAUAUCAAAUGCGUUAAAGUUCCCGAAACAGACAAGUGCAAGAACUGUACUCAGAAAAAGAGAGCGUGCGUCAAGGGUGAAUGCUACCGCUUUUGCCCCGUGGUAUCGGUUCGGUUCAACGCAGGUGAGGAUGUUGGUGCCGCCAAGCAAGAGCUGGAGUUUGCGGUGAAUCAAACUUGGGUACAUAUCCCGUCGACAUUGAAAUUUCUACCUCCAAACACUGGAGACGACGAGGAUUCUAUUUCUGGAAGCGAAGAAUAUCUUACUUCAACCAAUCAGAACGCCAAUAUCGAAUCAAGUGGCAGCAUCUUAUCCUUGACUUCCGCUGACCGGCAUCGGGGCUUGUCCUACUCGGAACAGCACGGUGCAUCCGGGUCCACCGGCUAUUUCUCCACGGUCUUGGACUCUCCGUCGAAUGUAACCUCCGGACUUCCCGAGUCUCAUGACAUAAUCGGUACCCACACCUGUCCCAUAGGCGUAUCAGCCUCGUUCUCUCCCUUCUCACCAGAUAUACCAUUGGCCCAUCCAACGAUUCAGCCGGACUCGCCAUUAGUUACAACACACUCGCCCUUCUCCCAGACCUCCCAUUUCUCCUCAAAAUGGCCAGUGAAUAACAAACAUGAAGCGAGACUCUUUCACCACUACAUCGUGCACUGCUCUCCUUGGAUAGACAUCUGCGAUCCAAAAUGUCAUUGGGCCAAAGAAGUCCCCAAGCGCGCUGCACAUUUUCAAGUCAUCUUAAACGGCGUCUUGGCACUAGCAGCACGACACCUUUUUAUCACCGGAGGGCUUGAAGAAGACGCAUCGGAACCCUACGUUUCUGACUCUCUACACACCUUGAUUAUAGCCCUCGAGGAUCCAUUGGCGCAUUGGGACGAGAAUUUCCUUGUAGCUGUCAUAUUGCUUAGACUACACGAGGAAAUAGGCGAAAUAGACGAGAGGUGUCAUCAUCUUGGUGCCUCACGUAUAAUAAAUGCAUCAUCAUCGUUUGCUGCUGACGGCGGAUUGAGGGAGUCUGCAAGUUGGGUAUCACUGCGGCAGCAUAUCUACGUCUCCCUCACGACCCAACGACCUCUAGAUCUAAGCCUUGGGAAUUAUCGCUGUUCUUCCGUCUUCAGGGAAUCUCAUGAUGAAGCUUGGGCAAACAGGAUAAUAUUCUGCUUUGCUAAUAUCUUGAAACACGUAUUUGAGAACGAUACUCUUGGGCGCCUCUCUCAAGAGAAAUGGAAUGAACUAGAUGUCGAACUGAGAGAGUGGGAUAGUACGAAGCCUUGGACUUUUGCCCCUUUAGCUGAAGAGCAAUUCGUGGACAAGAGCGCCGACCUUGGUCGCGCAGAAUGGCAGGGCAAAUGGCCUGAGCUACUAGUUGCACAACCAGCCCAAGCGGUAGGACUGCAAUACUUCCACCUCUGUAAAAUAAUGCUCACGUUCUAUGACCCCCGGGCCACGCGUGUUGGUCUAGCAAGCCACCGCUCGAGGAUUGCGUUAGACGCAGAAAUCAGGAAGCAUAUGCGCAUGAUAUUUGGCUAUGCCCAAACAAACAAUCAUGUCAAAAAUGCCCAGUUCCAAGUCUCGCAUAUUCUGGUUGCGUGCGGCGCGUACCUGACUGAUGCUAAAGAGCAAGACGCGGCGGUUGAGUAUCUGAUAAAUAUGAAGAAGACGACUGGCUGGAAAACUGACCAUGUUAUCGAUGAUUUACGAGAGCAAUGGAAAAUCUAAAUAUUUCUAUAAACUCAACCCCUAACAUCGAUCGCCAAUUCCCACGCUUGUUUAGUACAUCCGUCCAGGCCUUGACAUACAUCUACGUUAGAAAGACCCUUACGUGUAAUUUCCAAGGUGUUGCCUCUUAGAAUCUCUUCCAUCCGGAAUUUGGAAUCCGAUUACGUUGUUAGUUCAUCAGUAUAGAUCUU